UAUACGUUCGGAGAAAUGAAACGGGCGCAACCUUCGUUUUUGAAUGCGAUCGAAAACAGCGUUGACCGCCGUCGGCGUCCUCGUCCGAUCAGUCGCAUUAGGUUGGAAACAUUGCUGGCUGAUGAUCGUCAAUCGUGUGUGUCUUUGCCCCAGGGAUCAUCGAUGGCGCCUACCGAAGUGCUGGACGAAGUUCUGGAGGAACAGUACGAACAGGAUGGUAAUGAGUUGAAGGAAGAGGAAACGGUCAAGGUCUGCCUGCGUCUGCGUCCCUACGCAAAGAUCACGUUCAAAAUCAAGGAUAAAACAUUGAUCGCCCGCUGCCAGGGUGAAAAUCAAUCCUCGUCCGAAAAACACUACACAUUCAGCAACGUGUUUGACGAAAAUGUUUCUCAGGCAGAAGUGUACGAUUGCUGUAUUCGUCCCACAAUCCGUCCCACAAUAGGAGAACCGGGUGCCACCUUUUUAACGUAUGGAACAUCAGGCUCUGGUAAAACGUAUACCUUGCUGGGAACCGAAGAGCAGCCCGGCAUUGUGCCACGUUCAAUUGAGCAGAUUUACGAGGAACUGUAUGAUAACAUAUCGACCGAGCCCAGCCUGAAGAUGGAGUGCAUGAAGCCCAUACCGCUGAGUGACGAAUCAGUACUGGAUGAGUUGCGGAAACUGCGGAUGAUCAAGACACAUCUACAGGGUUCCGAGGAAAGCACGGCAAUAAUCAGCGAUAUCAUCCAGAACCAGCAUCAGUUUCAGCCUCUAGAAAUGGGAGACAAGCGUGUGUUCAUUUGGAUAUCGUUCGUAGAAAUCUACAAUGAAAAUGUGUACGAUCUGCUAACCGUGGACGGCGACUAUGGAAAGCGGAAACCGAUGAAGGUGCUUUCGAACGAUGGAAAUGCCUAUAUCAAAGGUCUGUCUACGCUGUAUGCUGGAACGAAGGAAGAUGCGUACAAUUUGCUUCAGUACGGUUUGCAAAGUGCCACGUACGGUGCCACGGAUGUGAAUAGUAAUUCCAGUCGAUCGCACAGCAUAUUCACGGUUACUGUGAUCACGCACUCGGUUUCGACGCAGCGAAUUUCGCAAUCAGUUUACAAGUUUUGUGAUCUUGCCGGAUCGGAACGUCUGAAGAAAACCGGAACCACGGGCGACCGUUUGAAAGAGGCACAGAAAAUCAACACUUCGCUGCUAGUGCUCGGUCGCUGCCUGGAGACGGUUCACAAGAAUCAGAAAUCCAAGAGAAUUAACGAUCUGGUACCGGUACGCGAUUCGAAGCUGACGAUGAUCAUUCAAUCAGCACUGCUCGGCAAAGAACCGAUGACGAUGAUUGUCAACGUCUAUCCGACGGAAGAAUUUUACGAUGAAAAUUUGAAUGUGUUGAACUUUUCCUCCAUCGCCAAGCAGAUCGUCAUCAGCAAAGAACCGAAGAUCAUGAAAGCACCGCAUAGCACACGGUAUUCAUUUUUCCUUUCCCAGGCAAUCAGCAGCCCGUCCUCAAAGAUAGACACAAAUCAGCUGCUGUUGGAGUACGAGAGUAUGAAGCACGAAAAUGAUCGUCUACUUGCUGAAGCUGAACAGAAAAAUGCCGAGAUUGUGUGUCUUAAAAAGAAGUUGGCGAUACAGGAGUUCCAGCUUCGCAACGAACUGACGGACAAUUUUCAGCAACAUUUCGCAAAAAUGGAAGAAUCGUAUCAGCUGCGCAUUCAGAGUGCACAGGAACUGGCCAUACUUCCCUUCAAACAUCAGCUGGCCGUGCUAGAAAAGAAACUCAAAUCGAAGGAACAAACAAUAAUGGAAAUGGAAGACGAGCAGGACGAUUAUGAAAAGAAACUGAAGGCCUAUGAGGAAGAGCUAAACACUUAUCGCCUGCAGCAAAGCCGUGUCCGAAGACUGUCCGUUUAA